AUGUUUGUGUUACCACCACCGCCGCGGUAUCCAUCGCAGGCAGCGUACAAUCUCGCUGUUCAAAAUGGAAUGGCUAUGCCAAUGGUAGAGACAAAUAAUCUGCUUAAGCAUCCCGAGGGGCUCCAAUUGCUUGCCGGCGAAGGGACAUACCUGCUGCAGGAUGACCUGCAUCUUGCGACACCCCCUCAUCAUCCAUCCGACACUCCAGUCAUGAACCCAAAUCCAUUAUCUACGACACCGCAAGCUGCAACUGCUGGAACCAAACUUUCUCUCCUAUCAUUCAGCACGAAACCUUACGCGUCUCCUUUAUACAAGCUCGAUACCAACAAAAGUUCCCGGACGGGAUUGGCUCAAUCCAGUAUACAAGAACACCCAUAUGAGAAUCGUAAUUCUUCGGAGGCACCUGGGAGUAGUGAUGGUGGAGGAACUUCGGUCAAUGGCAGUGCGAGAGCUGCUACAUCCAUAGGGUCCGCACCGGCGUUUGGGGAGGGAAAUUCAUUGUUGUCGUUGACGACUAAAGAUACUGGGAAACGUCGCAAACCAAAGAGUGGUAUUUUGAAGAGUAAUUCUUCAUUUAUUUCACGAUGUAUUGUCAAUGAAAAUGUGGUCAAGAGGCUACAAGAUCGUCCAAUUGAUGGGUACUUUGGGUUCGCCAAUAUUAAUAGAGCUUUUCAGUGGCUGGAUUUGUCUUCUCCAAACAAACAAGGUCAAUUACUCAAAAUUCUGUUCACUAAGGCCCAUUGCCUUUGUCAUGAUGUCAAUCAGGUCACCAAAAGUCCAAACCAUAUAGAUAUUAUAAUGGGGUUUUCCACUGGCGAAAUCAUCUGGUUUGAGCCUUUCACCCAGAGAUAUUCACGGUUGAAUAAAAAUUGUGUUAUAAAUUCAACGCCCGUCACACAAAUCAGGUGGAUUCCUGGUUCCGAGAAUCUAUUUCUAGCAUCUCAUAUGGACGGCUCUUUGGUUGCUUACGACAAGGAGAAAGAUGAUGCAGCUUUCGUGCCAGAAGAGGCCGGACCCAAUGGCAAUGGCAGUGUACCAAGUGAAGAAAAUCUGGACCCAACUUCCAUGCCAAAAGCCAAACUUCAGAUCGAUAAAUCAGUGCAUUCAAAAAAUCAAAAGUUCAAUCCAGUUUCAUUUUGGAAGCUUUCCAACCAGCCCAUCAACAGUUUCGCUUUCUCGCCUGACAACAGACAUUUGGCUGUCGUGUCAGAAAAUGGUACUUUGCGAGUUAUUGACUAUUUGAAAGAGCAACUACUCGAUAUUUACAACAGCUAUUUUGGUGGCUUGACUUGCGUUUGCUGGUCACCUGAUGGCAAGUAUGUCCUUUCUGGCGGUCAGGAUGAUCUCGUAUCUAUAUGGUCAAUGGCAGAUUCUGCCAUCAUAGCUCGCUGCACUGGUCAUACAUCUUGGGUAACAGAUGUAGCCUUUGAUCCAUGGCGUUGCGACGACCGAAAUUAUCGUUUCGGUAGUGUGGGCGAAGAUGGUAAACUCCUAUUAUGGGAUUUCAGUGUUGGAAUGUUGCAUCGUCCUAAAGCCGCCUCUGUUCGUCAAAGAGGUAGUAUAUCUUCCCGAAUGCCAAGCUCCCUUUCAAGGGUUGAAACGCAGGGCACAACAGCGACUGCCGGUCGAUUUCGCUCAAACUCAAACCUUUCCUACGCCGAGGGCCGAUCAGAGGCCACAAUAGAUCAUCCAGUAGAACCAAGAGCCAAGAUUUCUAUUUUACCCGCCGUGUGCACGAAAAUUGUUGCUGAUGAUCCACUGUGUUCUUUGGCAUUUACGGAAGAGCAUAUUAUUACUAGCGAUAAAAUUGGACACAUUCGCACUUGGAACAGACCAAAGGAUCACGACGAUAGGGCUGAUGAGGAUGCUGAUGUAGUGCCACCAUCUCAGACCUCGUGA